GAGAGUAAACCUGCAGAAUGGAUUUAAGAGUCACCUGCAGAAGAGCAGUGUUUGCUGGUGGUGGUUCAGUUCUGAUACCGAGUUUUCAAUAACACUGAACAGAAAAGACGCUCUCACCGAAGACCAGAAGACCUUAGCUUCAUAUGGGAUUGUUUCUGGUGAUUUGAUCUGCUUGUUACUCAGAGAAGCAGAUGGACAACCCAACCUACCUCUUCCUCCUACUACUACUUGUCCCCCACUUCAGAAUGGGCAUGAGCCGUCCACCUUGAUCCCCCACACAAGUCAGGCCAACAGUCCACAAGAAGAAGGUCAGAGUGAGCAAUCUGACAACCAGAAAGCUCAGAUGGAAGUUCAAAUGAGUGAUGAAAGAGCAGGAUCCAGCCUGGAAUUUCCUUCUGGAUUAGUCCCAGAAGAUGUUGCCGUGGAAGAAGGCACAGGUUCCUAUACCUCUGAACCCAUGCUGUGUGGUGAAGCUGCUGAUGGCGAAAUACCCCAUUCCUUAGAGAUGCUCUACCUUUCUGCUGAGUGUACCAGUGCCACUGAUGCCUUGAUUGUUCUAGUUCAUCUUCUCAUGAUGGAAACAGGCUAUGUACCUCAGGGGACAGAAGCCAAGGCAGUGUCUAUGCCAGAGAAAUGGAGAGGGAAUGGUGUUUAUAAGCUACAGUACACACAUCCCCUUUGUGAAGAAGGUUCUGCUGGUUUGAUUUGUGUACCUCUGGGAGAUCUUGUUGUUAUUAAUGCAACAUUAAAAAUCAACAAAGAGAUAAAAAGUGUUAAGAGAAUCCAGCUAUUGCCAGCAUCCUUUGUUUGCUUCAAUGACCCAGAGAAGGUUGCAGGCGUUUACAAAGACCUUCAGAAAUUAUCCUGUCUCUUUAAAGACCAGCUGGUUUACUCUCUCCUGGCUGCUGCCCGACAAGCUCUGAACUUGCCAGAUGUCUUUGGACUAGUGGUCCUUCCUCUUGAGCUCAAACUUCGGAUAUUCAGACUCCUGGAUGUGCGUUCACUCCUCUCUCUCUCUGCUGUGUGCCGUGACCUUUACACAGCCUCAAAUGACCAACUUCUGUGGAGGUUUAUGUACCUGCGGGAUUUCCGAGAUCCCACUGUGAGACCUCGUGACACAGACUGGAAAGAACUAUACAAGAAAAAGUUGAAACAGAAGAAGGCGGCCCCGAGAUGGAGGCACAUGAUGUUUAUGCCCCCGACACCACCUCAAAGCCUCUUUCAUUCCAACCCGUUCUAUCCUAAUCCCUUUCCUCCCAACCCAUUCCCUUCAAAUCCAAUCUAUCCCCAGUCUAUCAUUGGUGGAGAAUAUGAUGAGAGACCAACACUUCCAUAUGUUGGAGACCCAAUUAACUCACUCAUUCCUGGCCCGGGAGAGGGACCAGGUCAGUUUCCUCCAUUCACACCACAUUUUGACCCAAUUGGUUCCUUGCCUGGAGCAAACCCUACACUUCCAGGCCGAGCUGGUCCCAGUGACAGGUUUCCACCCAGACCCAGCCGGGGCCGCCCCGUGGACAUUCGCUGUACAUACACUUGAUUGCUGCUUUUUUCUGCCCUGAGUUUUGUAGUGGCUGAGCUUUGCUUUCUAACUGCAGGAGAUUGCAAAUCCCAGGCACUAACAUCUGCCUUCUCUUCAGGUUGUGUCAAGAACAUGUGUGCA